UCGCCGCGUUCCCAGAGCGCACUCAACAAUUUAAACCAAGCAAAGCGUUCCAAGCCAUGAAAGCCUUUGUGUGUCUUUUGAUUAUUGGAGUGGCCAGUGUGUCGGCCAAACCGAAGCCAGGUGGUGGCGGUGGCUGGUCCUCUGGCGGAGGAGGAGGCGGUGGCUGGUCUUCCGGCGGCGGUGGAGGUCAUGGAGGUGGCGGUGGCGGUCAUGGAGGCGGCGGCGGCGGCGAUGUCCAGAUCAUUAAAGUGAUCACAGAAAGCGGAGGAGGCGGUGGAGGUGGAGGCUGGUCAUCCGGUGGAGGAGGAGGUGGCGGCUGGUCUGGAGGUGGAGGAGGCGGCGGUGGCUGGUCCUCUGGCGGCGGUGGUGGAGGACAUGGCGGCGGCGGCGGUGGAGGAGAUGUGAAGCUCAUCAAGAUCAUCAGCCUGGGCGGAGGCGGAGGAGGAGGUCACGGAGGCGGCGGCGGCUGGUCUUCCGGCGGCGGUGGAGGCGGAGGCUGGUCCGGCGGAGGAGGUGGUGGCCAUGGAGGCGGCGGCGGUGGCGGCACCAAGGUCAUCAAGAUCAUCAAGCUCAGUUCCGGCGGCGGAGGCGGCGGCGGACAUGGCGGCGGCGGUGGCUGGUCCUCGGGCGGCGGUGGUGGCGGCGGCGGUUGGCAGCCAGCCGGUGGCUGGGCCUAAGCCACUGAGAGAAAAUCCCUGGACAUACA